CCUUUGCUCUGUAAAUUUUGGAAUGAGUCGUGCAUUGCUUCCGAAGCACGUUGCUGCGGUUGUGAAAGCCCAAAAGGACCCUCUGAGAGCGCUCGAGAUGUUCAACUCGGCGAAGAACGAAGAUGGGUUCAAGCACACGGUGUUGACGUACAAGUGCAUGGUCCAAAAGCUUGGGCUUCACGGGAAGUUUGAGGAGAUGGAGAAGGUGCUUUCGGAGAUGAGAACGAACGUAGAUAACAGGUUAUUGGAAGGAGCGUACAUCGAAGCUAUGAGGAGCUACGGGAAGAAAGGGAAGGUUCAGGAAGCAGUGGAUAUAUUCGAGCGCAUGGACUUUUACAACUGUGAGCCAUCGGUUCAUUCAUACAAUGCCAUCAUGAACAUUCUGGUUGAGUAUGGGUACUUGAACCAAGCCCACAAAGUUUACAUGAGGAUGCGAGACAAAAGGGUUGAUUCUGAUGUGUACACCUACACCAUAAGGAUCAAGUCCUUUUGUAGGAGUAGCAGGCCUCAUGCUGCUCUUAGGCUCCUUCGUAACAUGCAUUCUCUUGGGUGUGAUUCCAAUGCUGUGGUGUAUUGCACUGUGGUUGCUGGUUUUUAUCAGUGUGAUCACCAACCUGAGGCACGUGACUUGUUUGAUGAAAUGCUUGGCAGGUGUUUUUGUCCUGAUGUUACUACUUUUAAUAAGCUUUUGCAUGCGGUUUGCAAGAAGGGUCUUGUCUCAGAAGGUGAGAAACUUUUCAAUAAGGUUUUGAAGAGGGGGGUUUCUCCCAAUUUGUUUACCUUCAAUAUCUUCAUACAGGGGCUUUGUAGAGAAGGUGCUCUCGAUAAGGCUGUUAGCUUGUUGGGUAGUGUGUCAAGGGAAGGGUUAAGGCCUGAUGUUGUCACCUAUAAUACAUUGAUAUGUGGGCUGUGUAGGAACUCUCGGGUUCAAGAAGCUGAGGAAUAUUUGCAUAAAAUGGUUAAUGAUGGAUUUCAGCCCGAUGGUUUCACCUAUAAUAGUAUUAUUGAUGGAUACUGCAAGAAGAGGAUGGUACAAAAUGCUAAUAGGAUUCUGAAGGAUGCAGUUUUUAAGGGUUUUAAGCCUGAUGAAUUUACUUAUUGCUCCUUAAUUAAUGGGUUGUGCCAGGAUGGUGACCCUGAUCAUGCCAUGGCUGUCUUUAAGGAUGGACUAGGAAAAGGUUUAAGACCAAGCAUUAUUGUUUACAAUACCUUAAUCAAAGGGUUAUCACAGCAGGGUCUUAUUUUGCCAGCUUUGCAAUUGAUGAAUGAGAUGGCAGAAAAUGGUUGUCACCCCGAUAUAUGGACUUAUAAUUUAGUUAUAAAUGGCUUGUGCAAGAUGGGUUGUGUAUCUGAUGCUAAUCAUCUUAUCAAUGAUGCUAUUGCCAAAGGGUACCUCCCAGACAUAUUUACCUAUAAUACUUUGAUUGAUGGCUACUGUAAACAGUUGAGGUUAGACAAUGCAAUUGAGAUAGAAAAUAGGAUGUGGAGUCAAGGUGUGACUCCUGAUGUUAUCACAUAUAACACUUUGUUGAAUGGGCUCUGCAAGGCUGCAAAAUCUGAAGAAGUAAUGGAGAUUUUCAAGGCUAUGGUGGAGAAGGGAUGUGCUCCAAACACAAUUACAUACAACAUUAUCUUAGAAAGCCUUUGCAAAGCUAAGAAAGUAAAUGAAGCUGUAGAUUUGCUUGGGGAAAUGAAAAAUAAGGGUUUGACACCUGAUGUUGUUAGUUUUGGCACAUUGAUCACUGGGUUCUGUAAGAUUGGGGAUCUGGAUGGUGCUUACCAGUUAUUUAGAAGGAUGGAAAAACAAUAUGAUGUUUGUCAUACAACAGCAACAUAUAACAUCAUCAUUAGUGCAUUUUCUGAACAGCUCAAUAUGAAUAUGGCAGUAAAGCUCUUUUCUGAGAUGAAGGAAAAUGGCUGUGACCCAGACAGCUAUACCUACCGGGUCAUGAUUGAUGGCUUUUGCAAAAUGGGGAAUGUUACUCAUGGAUACAAUUUUCUGUUGGAAAAUAUUGAAAAGGGGUUUAUUCCAUCACUGACAACAUUUGGACGGGUUUUAAAUUGUCUUUGCGUGAAGCAUAAAGUUCACAAAGCAGUUGGUAUCAUCCACCUUAUGUUACAAAAGGGAAUCAUCCCAGAGGUCGUAAAUACAAUUUUUGAAGCUGAUAAAAAGGUGGUAGCAGCGCCUAAGAUUCUUGUAGAAGAUUUGUUGAAGAAAGGCCAUAUAACUUAUCAAGCCUAUGAGAUACUAUAUGAUGGCAUCAGAAAUAAAAAAAUACUUAAGAAAAGACUCACCACUGUGAAUUCUCUCCAUCGAGGGGCCAGAUCAUCAGCUGUUGAUUAAAAGAUUAUAUCUGUGGAAAGUGAUGAUUCCUGACCCUCUGCUCGGUCCCAACUUCCAAAGAUGUUUGGAGCUUACAGUAGACACCUGUUACGAAGGUGAAAUUGAAGGCUUUUGAACAUGAACUUAGUGUCUCCUUAUUCAUUUCUUUAUUUGAUGUCUAACUCUAUUCCCCGACUGCAUGCCAUGCUCAGAAAUUUUGGUCCAGGGUUUGAUUCAUGACACGUUCGGUUUAUAUGGAACAGCUGCUGUGCAUAUUCGGAGCUUGUUAUUAAGACAAUAUUUCUGCCAUAGAUAGACAGAUAGCUUUUGUUUCUGCACGACUAAGGGUAUGUCAAUAGGGUGCUCUCGAGCCUAUCAAUUGCGGACAUGAUAUGUAAGCUUUAACACAUACCUACAACCCUUGAGUCUUCAUACCAGAUUUGACAUUCACAAUGGUACAUUUGAAGAAUGAUGCUCAUCCCCAUACUUAAGUCCUCAACAAACAAGAAAGAUAACUGCUAAUUUCGUGGCAUUCUAUUUCGAUUUAUAGCAUGGAAAUUCUAAUAUAAGUUGUGCUUGUAUAACUAAGGUUUACUCCCCAUACAGGAUCCAAUAAACUGUUUCUUACUUCAGGGAAAUUCUACAAAAGAACCUCGAUGUCAAAAUGAAUGCCACUUCUUUUGCGUAUUUGCAAGUAAAACAUGAUGUGCAUAAUCUCGAUGUCAAAACAUGCUACUACUUUCCGAUUUUUAAGAAAGUUCUGAAGAUUCAGAAAGCCAAGGAAAAGCAGGCAUCAAAAAGCUAUGAGGACGUGCGUCUUUCACCUACACCUACUAUUUUUUGUGGUCGGAAAUUUGAGGAUGAGUAAUAAAGUGACCCGUUGGUGACGAAUAGACUAACUAAGAAUCAUGUAAACAGAAAAACCAAUACACACAAUAUCUUAAAAGUUUUGACGGAGAUCACCUAACUUUUAGCUUUCUGCCUGACAUUUAUUUUCCCUUAAAGAGGGUCUAAUAAUUUUCGAAGAGAACGAGUCCUUAUUGAAUUCUUG